AUGUCCCAUCCUCACUCUACCGGAGAGGAGGAGGUGGAACUUGACACUGCCUCUACGGAGGCGAAGCUGAUUUUCGCAAAUGAGAGAACGUUCCUCUCCUACAUGUAUCUCUUGGUUUUGCUAGCAGGGAUCUCGCUUGGUUUGUUGAACUUUGGCGACAAAGAAGCUCUAAUACUUGCUACCAUAAUCGCCGUUUUAUCGAUAUUGGGUAUGGUCUAUUACCUUGACGUAUACCAGUCUCGUGUAACGGCGAUAAGGAUGGGUGGCGAGGAAGUAUUCACGGAUAGGACAGGACCUACGUUUGUAGUCCUCGCACUCUUGGUGGCGGCGAUCACCAAUUUCAUGAUGCAAUUCAAAGAAUCAUAG